AUGGAUUUUUUGGGCCUCAACAAUGAGAUGACAGUGAACGCUGCUCAGGCACGUGAUACUCCCAUCACGUACCCUACGCUUGAGGCGCUCUUACUGACUACAGAAAGGAGGAUGACUGAGCAAGCUGCUCCUCUUGUGGAGGCUGCCUCUGUUAAUGCUUUUGUCACUGCCAGAGGUCGUGGUGGACGAUUUCGUGGCAACGGACGAGGAAUAUUUCUAGCUGGACGUGGUGGUGCUGCUGGACGUGGUGGUGUCAAUCCUCGCCCCAAUUCUUAUAAUAACAAUGUGAGACCUAAUUAUGCAAACAAUGGUGAAAGGUUUAAUGGUGCAGGUGAAAGGAUUACAUGCCAGAUUUGUGGGAAACCAGGGCAUCCUGCCCUCGAUUGCUACCAGCGAAUGAAUACUGCGUAUGAAGGAAGGGUCCCAGCCAAGAAACUCACUGCCAUGGCCACCUCUCCUAUUACUCUUAAUCGACAAACCAAUGGGCAGUGGUUACUUGAUACUGGUGCCAAUGCACAUGUCACUCCAGAUCUUCAGAAUUUGGUUAAUCCAAAAGAGUAUAACGGUAAUGAGAAUGUUGGUGGAGUAGGUAAUGACUCUGGAAUCUCUAUUUCUCAUCUUGGUUACUCACUGAAUCAUCAAGGGUAUAAAUGCUUAGACUUGUCCACGAGACGAAUAUAUUUGUCUCGCCAUGUCCUAUUCGACGAGGACACUUUUCCAUUCAAGGAACUCACAUCUUCCCUGGACAGCGUUGGAACCACAGGUAGUAAUACUUCCCCUGACUUGUUAUUUACUUUUCCUCUUUUAUCUCCAUCACCCCAGGCCAACCCAUUAUCUCCUACCCCACCUUUACAGUCCCUUCAUCAACCAAACACCAUAGCAUCUGAUAUUCCUAAUCCUACUAACCUGCUCUCCACUCCUGCCUUACUUGAUCCUCUAGCCACGGCAGCCCCAAUACCUUUACAAAUCUCUAGGCCUACCAUUUCAUCUUCACAUGAGCAAGAGGUAGUACCAGUUCCUGAACUGAACCAAUCCGUGCCAACUGAUACUCACGGUGCUCCGUCUUCCACUCAACAGUCACUCCAACCUCAAAGAAUGACUACUCGUUCACAAUCUGGCAUUCACAAACGUAAUCCUAAAUAUGCAUUGCAUGUUAAUAUUGAUCAUUUUCUUGUUGAACCAACCUGUUAUAGUCAGGCCUUCAAGCAACAUGAGUGGAGGAAUGCCAUGGUUCAAGAGUUCAAUGCACUACAGCGUUGUGGUACCUGGAAACUUGUUCCGUAUCAUCCGCAAAUGAAUUUGUUGCCUAACAAGUGGGUUUUCAAGCUUAAACAGCGUGCGGAUGGCUCAAUAGAAAGGUAUAAAGCGAGGCUUGUUGCCAACGGAUUUCAUCAGAAGCCUGGCAUUGAUUAUACAGAAACCUUUAGUCCUGUGGUAAAGCACAGCACCAUACGACUUGUUCUUAGUCUUGCGGUUUCCAAACGGUGGCCUAUUAGACAAUUGGAUGUACAGAAUGCAUUUUUGCAUGGAUUUUUGAACGAGGAUGUGUAUAUGAGACAACCCGCUGGUUUUGUUGAUCAGCAAUAUCCUAAUUAUGUUUGCAAACUACAACGGAGUAUCUAUGGCUUGAAACAAGCUCCUCGUGCUUGGUUUCAUCGGUUCUCAGAAUUUUUGCUUCAAUUGGGAUUUGAAGCGUCCACUUGUGAUUAUAGUUUGUUUGUUUACAAUCACAGAGGAAAUAGCUCACAACAAAUGGGUUGCUUAAUCAAAAAACUGGGAACUUUAUUUUCCAUGAAGGAUUUGGGUCCACUACAUUAUUUUCUGGGAGUUGAAGUGCAAUAUAUGAAUGAUCAGAUGCAUUUGAGUCAAGCUAAGUAUGCUUUGGACUUGUUGAAGCGUACCAACUUUUUGGAUGCCAAACCAAUUUCAACUCCAGUUCCUUGCGGCCAGAAAUUGAGUGCUUAUGAUGGUGAGCCACAUGACAGUCCAGACUUGUAUCGGAGUGUAGUUGGUGCGCUACAGUAUCUAACCAUCACCAGACCCGAUCUUUCCUAUGCUGUGAACCAAGUCUGUCAGUUCAUGCACUCUCCAACAACUACGCAUUGGACGGCAGUCAAGAGGAUACUUCGCUAUGUUAAAGCCACGUACAAUUAUGGUCUUCUGUACAAACCUGGUCUUUCACAUCUCACGGCCUUUUCCGAUGCGACUACGCUGGGAAUCCUGACACUCGGCAUUCCACUGGUGGUUUCUGCAUUUACUUCGGCUCCAAUCUUGUGUCAUGGAGUUCUAAGAAACACAAAACGGUGUCUCGCUCGAGUUCCGAAGCUGAGUAUCGGCAGCUGGCUUACACAGCUGCGGAACUAUCAUGGCUGA